AUGUUUAGACUACUCGAAUUCCCCGGUGGUGGCGGUGGCGGUGUUGCAGGCCGGCGCGGCGACGGUGGUGGCGGUGGCGGUGUCGGUGUUGCUGCCCGGGGCGGCGGCGGUGGUGGCGGUGGCGGUGGCGGUAUUGCUGCCCGGGGCGGCGACGGCGGUGGCGGUGGCGAUGCUGAUGGCGGUGGUGCUCCCCGCGGCGGCGACGGCGGUGGUGGCGGCUGCGGUGGCGACGGCGGUGGCGGUGCUUGCGGCGGCGGCUGCUCCGGAGGGCCUGGCCGUGCCCAGAUCGCCGCCUCCUCGGCCUCAGCCUCAGUGGCUUUUGCCACCUCCGGCUGCGCGAAUAAUCGCCGCACCACCUCCGCCCGGGUUGCGAAUAUCCGCUUCGCCUCCUCCGGGCGGCCCGAUGGCGCUGCGUCGCCCAAGCGGAUCCGCCCGAAUCCGGCGGCGGCCCUCCGUAUUCUCCGGAAUGCCAUCCGGGCCUUCGCCGCCCGACGUGGCUCGUCCUCCUCGUCUAAGGAGACCUCCGGACUCACCGUCUCCGUCCCGGUGUCCUCCUCCUCUUCUUCCGAUGAGGCCAGGUCGAUCGUGGGCACCUCGGCCUCCUGCCCUGCCGACCUGACGCCGGCCUCCUCCUCCAGCUGUAUGUCGGUGAUCCGCUCCUCGUCCUCCGAUUCGGGGUUCGGCGACGGGGACCGCGACACCAGGGGGGACGCCAGCAGCUGGAGUGCGGAACCUGAGUCCCGCCUCCAUCUCGCCGCUGGCUGUUGCCCGGAGCUGCCUCCCCGGCCACUUUUCGUCCCAAGUCCUCUGGUCUGCCCCGGUGAACUGGGCGAUCAUCGUUUUCACCGUCCUGUUGGCUCUCUCCGUCGGGUUUUCCUGGGGCGUGUAAGGGGCCGUAAACUGGUGUCGGACGCCUAA